AUGCAAAAUGGUGUAGUCACCGUGGAAAAUACUAUGGAGGGUCCUAAAAGACUAAAAACAGAACUAUCAUUUGAUCCAACAGUCUUAUAUCUGGAGCAAUGCCCAUGGUUUCCUGAGAAGGUUACUGUAAAUCUAGAAACCUGGACUAAGGUUGGAGAUCAGUUACAUUUGUUUUAUACUUUGCAUGGGCCAGAAAAGGUUCCUGUAGAUGCUUUUGCUCUGUGGAGUAUUAUUAGGGACAUCCUGGACCCUCAGCAUGAGGCUGUUAGACAGCCUAUGGAAGAGGCUACAGCAGUGGAUGGUGGGUCUCUGCCUUCUGCACAGAUCAUGUUUUCUGCCAUUGACAAAAAAACGGAGGGAGACUGUGCUCUACCUCCAGAGGAGAGGGAGGACUUGCAGGACGCUGCAGCCGGGCGCCCUAGCAAGGCCCCUCCUCCUCUACAAAAACCUUUAAAAAUUUAUCCAUCACUUUCUGACUUAAGGCGAUUGCCGCUGCCUCCGUUUCUUUUGAAGCAGGCACAUGCACAAUAUACAGAGCGUGCUCUUUGGAGAAAACCCCCUCAGGGGGGCCUCACCCAGGCUAGAAGAGAAGCGGAACAACUGGGGGACUUGGAACUCUCUAUGGCCUUUCCAGUGGUCUUUAUCAAAACAGAAGGGGGAAGCAAGGAAGAGGGAAAAUGGGAACCGAUCCCAUAUAAGCUACUGAAAGAGAUGAAAGAAGCUUGUCAUGAUUGUGGGCCUGCCUCCCCCUAUACACUCACCCUGCUAGAUGCCUUGGCUGGAAGGUGGAUGACAUCAUAUGGUUGGAGAACAGUUGCAAAGGCUUGCCUUCCUGGAGGAGAGUUCCUCCUGUGGUUGGCAGAGUAUGAUAAGUUGGCUAGACUACAGUCAGCAGAAAACAAAACCUCUAAUGAUGCACAGCUCAGGACAGUGGGAUCUGCAGCAUUAAAAGGAGAUGGGGAAUAUGAAUCUAACAUAGCCCAAGCAAGGUUGUCUAAAGAAGCACUUAAUCAGAUUAUGGCCAUAGGUAUCUUGGCAUGGAAAUCGUUGCCCCCUUCAGAUGGAAAGUUAUCCACUUUGAGUAAUAUCAAACAGGGACCUGAUGAGAGAGAUGAAGAUUUUGUGGCCAGAUUGAAAACUGCUGUAGAAAGAACUAUUAAAAGUACUGAGCCAGCAAAGAUAGUUCUUAAACAAUUGGCUUAUGAGAAUGCCAGUUCUACCUGCCAGGCAUUGCUUAGACCUGUUAGAAGUAAAGGAAGUCUUUGGACUUACAUACAGACCUGCCAGGAAGUAGGAACUUCCUUUAUGCAGGGGGUUGCCUUAGCCGCAGCCUUGAGGGGAGAAACUGCUUCCCAAGUUAUUCAGGGAAUGAGAAAAAAGAUUAACCCUAAUGGAAAUGAUUCUACAAAUAAAAAGUGUUUCUCUUGGGGCCAAAUGGGGCAUUUUUGCCAGCAAUGUCCUGCCAAGCAGGGACAACAAGCCAGUGCCAAUACAGACUAA